AUGGCGCGGACUAUUUCCUACGCAGAGGUGCAGAUGCAUCGGUCACAGAACGAUUGUUGGGUUAUUCUGUAUGGCAAUGUCUAUGAUGUCUCUUGUUUCCUCGCAGAUCAUCCUGGUGGCGCCAAAGUCAUUCUUCAAUUAGCUGGCACUGACGCUACGGAGGAAUUUGAUCCUGUACAUCCCCCAGGAACAUUGGAAAACAGUCUGCCUGCAGAAGCAAAGAUUGGAAUCGUCGACAAAGGAACAUUGCCGACGAAGCAGAGCUCACAGGUAUCAAUUACUCGAUCAUCAUUCGACGAUAACGCUCUAGCUAGUCUAGAGGAUUGCCUUAAUUUGGAUGACAUCGAAGCAUUAGCAACCAAGAAAAUCAGCCAGCGUGCUUGGGCGUAUUAUUAUGGCGCUGCCGAUGAUCUUCAUUCCAAAGCAUUCAACAACAGUGUAUAUCGCUCAAUCCUGCUCCGACCGCGCAUCUUCGUAGAUGUCACUCGCUGCGAUACAUCGACAAGUAUUCUGGGACACAAAGUCAAUGUACCAUUCUACGUUGCGCCAGCGGCGAUGGCGCGCCUAGCGCAUUCAGAUGGCGAGCAUGGCAUAGCCAAAGCCUGUCAGACUUUCGGAGCGAUGCAAAUAAUUUCAAACAAUGCAUCGCAGACUCCGGAGCAGAUUGUUGCAGGCGCCGGUCCAGAUCAACUCUUUGGAUGGCAGCUCUAUGUCCAGACCGAUCGCAAAAAGAGUGAGGAUAUGCUCGCGCGCAUAGCGGAACUUCCUGCCAUCAAGUUCAUCUGCUUAACCUUGGAUGCGCCAGUCCCUGGCAAGCGGGAGCAUGAUGAGCGAACAAAAUCUGUUGCAGCUAGUCUGCCGGUCACGAGCACGACACAAGACGGCUCGGCAUCAACAACCUCUGCAGCGCCAGUCACUGGUGGUGUUGGCAAGGCCCUGUUUGCUGGGACAGCACCGGACUUGACCUGGAGCAAUACCCUCCCGUGGCUCAGAAAACAUACAAACCUGCCCGUCAUUCUCAAAGGCUUGCAGACGCACGAGGAUGCGUAUCUCGCCAGUCUCCAUGCUCCGCAUGUUAAAGGCAUCAUUUUAUCCAACCAUGGUGGUCGGGCCGCAGAUACGGCACCUCCGUCGAUUCACACCCUGCUUGAGAUCAGGAAGUAUUGUCCGGAGGUCUUCUCCAAGCUAGAGGUUUUCGUGGACGGCGGCGUUAGGCGCGGGACAGAUGUUGUCAAAGCCUUGUGUCUUGGAGCAACGGCAGUCGGUCUUGGUCGUUCACCGCUAUAUGGCCUUGGCGCUGGGGGUAUUGAUGGCGUCAAGCGCGUGCUGGAGAUCUUAAAGGCUGAGACUGAAACAGCUAUGCGACUCCUCGGGUGUCACUCUGUCAAACAAUUGGGUCCCCGCCAAGUGAACUCGCGAAGGGUAGAAGGCGAAAUUUAUGACGGGCCUGGUGGCCUCGAGGAGCCGACAUCAAGGGCGCGUAGCAAAUUGUAA